AUGGUACCACCAUACUACCUCCUGGUCUUGACUCUUGCUGUCACCGUCAGCGCGAGAACGGCGGCGACCAACCAGAACACAGUAGACGAACCCAGGAGUUCGGACGAUACCAUUCUUGGAGACCUCAAAGUCGCAUACGACACAUACAAGGACUGCAGCGGAGGCGAGAUCACCAACUGUCUUAAAGUCAAAUUGGCGAAAGCUUUGAACAGGAUAUCUCAAAGCGAGGAGGUGUCGUUGCUAAGUGGAGUCACAAUCGUGAAGGACAAGGAUGCGAAGAUCGAAAACGAAAUUGAGGAGGCUAUUCCGAGAGGUCUUGACGAGAGCUCAUUGGACAACCUUAUCAUGGACAAAAUCUUUGGAUUCCUGCAGACUCAUACCGUCCAGGUCAAAUUCCCAGCCGCUUCGGAGCUCCGUUCCGAGGAGGGCCGCAGCAGGAGGAAGAAGCUUGCACCUCUGUUGGCCAUACCCCUUCUUAUCGGAGGCAUGAUGGUCCCUCUGGCCUUCGGAGCGCUGGCCCUCCUCGCUGGCAAGGCUCUGAUCGUGUCUAAACUGGCGCUGGUGCUGGCUGGCAUCAUCGGCUUGAAGAAGCUGCUGUCUCCCUCUGGUGGACAUCAGGAGCAACAUGAAGUUGUUGUCUCGGCUGGACACGGCGGAUCUGGAUGGAGCAGGUCAAUGGAAAAAGCUCAAGACUUAGCAUACAACGCGUACACCCAAUAGCCAAUCCCACACAUAAUUUAUUAUGCAAAUGAUAAGGAACAAUCAUAGCGUCUUACCUACUGUGUAUCAACUAGAUUAAACUAUAUAAAUAUGUAUAGUAUACAUAACAUAGAGUGCAUGCCUCGAUAAUUUUCGGCUGUUGAAAAAAAAUCUAAAUUUCAAACAAAGAACUGAUGAAAAGAAAAUGGAAGUGUAAACUUGAGUGCAACAAAAGUGGUCAGUAUUUAAAUCAGAAAGGAAAAUAAAAUCUCCGUGGAUUAUAAAUGACCGUUGAGAUUUUGAAUAUAGAACGGCUUGAAUGGACAACAGAUAAGACUGAAACACCAUAGAACGAGUGAUUCCUCCAAAUAUAUCAAACAGUACCCCAAUACUCUGAAUUUCCUAAAAUAAUAUUAUAGUAAGACCCAACGAUAAUUUAUAAGUGUAUGUAUGUAUGUGUUAUGCGUGUAUUUAUUACGUGAGUCUUUAGAUUUUGCUUUAAUUUAUUUAUUUAUUUAAUUGUCAGCGAGUGCCGAUGUGACAUAAUUUUGGUUCCAUAUCUUAUGUAUUUGUGUAUUUAUGAAAGUAACAAUUAUCAUUUUGAAUAUUUAG